CCUAAACAACUCAUUUAGUCAGCUAAAACAGAAUCAGCUCUUCACCUAUUACUAGGACUGAGAGAAAAGAAGCACAUCUAAGAACGAAAACUCAAUGUAAUCUAGGGAUAAAAUAAAAUAACUGAGUGAGAUCACCAGCAUGGAUGCAACAUCCUCACUGAUUAAGUCAGUGUCUCGACGUGUGUGGUCUCCUCCUCAGAGGCCUUUCCGAGUGUGUUCAUGGAACAGAGAAGUCCGAAAGGGAGUCACUGCCGCGACCCUAGAGGAGCUCAAACAGAGGGCAGCCCACGCUCUGCUCAUUCCCACCCUGCUGUCUCUAGUGUGUGAGGAAGAUGGCACUGAAGUGGACUCGGACGAGUUCCUCAUGGCUCUACCAGACAACACAGUUCUCAUGGCCUUGGAGCCAAAGCAGGCUUGGAGACCCCAUCCUUUAGGCCAGAGAAGCGGCUCCAAACCAGCUGACAACAAACCCCGCACUGGUCGUGACAUUGCUCGAGUGACCUUUGACCUUUACCGCUUGAACCCGAAGGACGUGUUUGGCUCUCUGAGCGUGAAAGCCACAUUCCAGGGUCUGUACUCCAUCAGUGCAGAUUUCAAAUGCCUGGGACCCAAGAAAGUGCUCAGAGAAGUCCUCAGAAUGGUCUCCACUGUACUCCAAGCAGCAGGUCACAUGUUGAUCACAUCAGCCACUGUGAUUCGCAGAAUCAUUCAGGGGGCGGACCUUCUGCAAGUGCAGCAUGGUGAUCAGGACAUUCAGACAGAAUACUGGAACUGACUUCAACUUUAUUCAGAACAUUGACUGAUUUUCCUUCGCGAAUUCAACUCAUCUUAAACAUCCCACCAUCAGUGUUCUACAUUCCAUAUUAAACUACCAGGUACAGCCAGAUAUGUAUAGUAGAUUUGCACAGCAGUCACAAAACCUCCUUCUGAAAAUCUACUUUCCUGCAGAAUUCAGUUUCAACCUGCUGCCCUAUUUCCUUACCCAAUACUAAUCUAACUGUACAAUCAAGAACUUGAAGUUGAAGGAGCUGGACAGGCAUGGCAUAUACAGACUGGAUCUAGACUCUGCAGGAAUGUAGAUCUCCAGGACCUGAGCUGGUGAUCAUUGUCUAAGACUAUAGAAACAGGCAAUGGUAACCUGUGAUUGAGAACAACAUGUACUCCAGGAAAAAGCUAAAUGGAUAUCCACGAUUGUCCUACGUGACAAUAUAAACACAAACGAUAUAUGAAUCAUGAUUACCUGCUAUAUGUAUUUAUCUGAAAAUGCACCAAAAUUGGGGGGGGGGAUAAAACAGUACUUUGAAGACCAGUUUAUUGAGUAAAAUGUCAUUUUAACCAAGGGGAAACAUUUUCUAGAAAUAGGUACAAAAAUCUUCACAAGUGAAAAAGGAAUUCUCUAGUCAACCCCGUGAUAUCAAUCAAAUGCAUAGAAUAUAAAAUGUAUCAUUCAAGCUUUUCUGUUGGAUUAUGGUCCUAUGGUCUAAAACAAAAUAUUAUGACUCAAUUGAAAUGAGCAAUAUUUAAAAUGUAAGCACAUGAUGUAAUACAAUCUGAUCUUUUAACACAUUAAAUAAUUGUUAAAACCA